AAGAAYUGUGAGUUAUUUGUUGCUUCAUCGCAUUUUUUKUGUCACCAAAGGAGAAACAAAAUGARAGCAUGACUAUAUGCAUUCCAGUCCAAUCAAUAUUUCAUAUUACGAUUAAUUGGCUUUUCAUCCUWAACUAACUUCUUAUUUACUUUGUAUAAGCCGAAGAGGAAACUGGUUCGCUGAUAUGUAAAUUAUGUUGUUUUUCUCAAUAUCUGUUUUCCAGUAAAAAUGAAGCGAUUUCUAUUUCAAGUAUUUGUUUGCAUUAAUAGGAAUUGUCUUUGUUUACAAUAAAUGUCUAAAGUCCGACCUCUAGGAUGCUUUGUUCGACAAAAGACGAUUAUAUAACAUAUAACAACUAGAUCAGUACAAAAAAGUCGAAGGGGGGGUAGUGAAAGGAAGAAUUGUGUCAACACAUUGCAUGAAGAUCCAGGCUUCCUGCUUAGCAAUAUCUAAAGGUUUUUCCAAAUGCUGCGAUAAAGUAAUUAAUGUUUAUACAAUUGUACGGGCUGUUAGCUAAAGGUAUUUCAAAGGCCUGGGGGUUAUUKUAUGUGACGGCCAGCUGUAGCGUUACGUCAGGGUUCGAGGACUUUGCAUAAGUUGUGCUUAGAGUUUUGCAGACGACAGUGAAGAGGCUAACUUAUAGUCAAAGUUAGAGUUGUCAGUGGAUUCUAGAACAUCUGAAGUUUGUUAUGUCAGACUUAACGUACGAGCUUGCUAAGCAAGAAGACGGGCAAGAGAAUGAUUCCAAAGCGGAGGUUGCUCAUCGUCGGCCAAAGAAAUCCCUAACGCCCCGCCAGAAAACAUGGAUCAUAAUCAUCGCAGCAGCCRUCAUAUUUAUCGCGUUGAUGCUGUUGAUUGGGAUCAUUGUGCUCGGCGUUCAAGUCUCCAAGCUGAAAUCAAAGAUAAAGGAUAUGAAAGAUUCAACGCCGUGCACCACGGUUGAUUGCAUCAAUACUGUCUCAGAUUUGAUGGCUGCAGUUGAUCCAUCGGUUGAUCCAUGUGAAGAUUUCCAUAAGUAUGCUUGUGGAAAAUGGCCCGAAAAGAACCCGAUUCCUGUCAAUGAGAAAAGCUGGGCUCCACUUAACAAACUACGAGUUGUUAAUGAAGAAACGAUACAAAGAUUAAUACAAAGAAAAUAUACCAGGACUCGUUACUCACGGAAUGUAGCACUACGAAAAGUUUUUACUUUCUAUGACGCGUGUAUGGAUGAGGAUGCUGUGGACAAGCUUGGAAGUCGGCCAUUGAUGGACAUGUUAAACACGUUUGGAUCGUGUCCCUACUUUGAUUCGUCGUGGAAUGAAAGUACAUGGAAUUUUGUCGACGCACUCAGCGUUAUCAACAGGAAUUAUUCUGUAUCUCCUUUCUUCUUACUCUGGAUAAACGUGUUACAAAGCAAUACAUCUGUUCCGACAAUCAUGAUGAGCCCAAAUGGUGUGGAACUUAGAUCAUCUCGCUAUAAUUCAACCAAGUCGGACGAUGUUAAGAUUGUAAAAGCAUACAAGCAGUACAUCGUUGAUCUCCUAACGAUUCUUGGCGUAAGUUCUAACAAGUCAGUCGAAAUGAUGGAAAGCAUUUUCUCUGUUGAAUUUGAUAUAGUAAAGAUGUCCAAAAGCGAGAUGAAAAGCCCGAAGCUGAUGAAAAUGAAAGAAUUGGAUGAAAACAGUACUGUGAUUAGCUGGACUAGGCUUUUCAAGCAAAUAUUCCGCGACGUUGAAUACAAACCUGGAGGAAAUACKAACAUCAAUGUUUACAAUUUGGAGUAUUUUAGAAAACUUAACGAAUACGUUCUUACGAAACCCAAAAAGGACUUGGCAAGCUAUAUCGUAUGGAUUGUUGCUACACGGUAUUCUAAAUUGCUUUCUAAGAAAUAUCAAAAGCCUUACGAAACAUUCCUUAAAGCGUUUGAUUAUGGACUUCCCAGUGAAAAUCCUCGCUGGGAACGAUGCAUCGCUGAAGUGAAAGGUCACUUUGGCAUGGCCAUUGGGAGAUUGUUUGUUGAUGAGGUGUUCAGAAAUGGCAGCAAAAAAGAGGCUAUUGAGCUGGUGGAAGAUAUGAAACAGGUCUUUAUUGAUGAUUUCGAUAGUGUGGAUUGGAUGGACGAUGUAACAAGAAAAGCAGCCAAAGAAAAGGCAGAAGCUAUGCAUGGUAACAUUGGGUAUCCUGACUUUAUUAUGGACAACAAAAAGUUGGAUGCUCUUUACAAAUUGAUUACCGUCAAAAAUAAUACGUACUUUAAAAACGUUUUAUCUACGGAGGGAGCGGGCACUGCAAAAGCGAUGAAUGAAAUGGGCAAGAUGCCUUCAAGAAAAGAGUGGGUCAUCACACCAACUACUAUCAAUGCAGCAUACUCUCCAACAACCAACACGAUGGAUAUUCCUGCUGGGAUUCUGAGAAGACCUCUCUUUUCACAUACCUAUCCUGGAUCCGUUAACUUUGGAGCUAUUGGUGCCAUCAUUGGUCACGAGAUGACUCAUGGAUUCGAUACUAUGGGGUCCGUGGAGUGGCAAUGAAUUCUAAAGAAUUUGCCAAGGCCUUCAAUUGUCCCGUGGGAUCUCCUAUGAAUCCUGCCAAAAAGUGUAAAAUUUGGUAAACGUACGGGAAAUUGCUGGUCAACAACAUUUGUGACUUAAUUGCUUUACUUGAGUCACGUUACCUUUUGAGAUGCACUGCGCUUGGCCAUUGAAAAUCAAUUGAUUGGAGCCUACAGCUGGGCAAGUGCUGGUAGCAGUUCUCUUGGUAUCCAUCAAUUUCUACCUCAAUUGAAACUUGCUGUUUUACUCGGCCAAUUGUAGUUAUUUUUUCUCAUUAUAGAUAGUAUWUAGAUUAUGACAUUGAUUGAAACAUAAGGGCGUCAGUUUCCACCGACGUCCCCUAUAAUAUGUGAUAGGUGUAUGUUAUCUGAGAAAGCCAGGUAGCUAAAUUUGUGUGAAUCGGCUUUAUUCGUGAUGGCCGCCAUGAUAACUUUCAUUUUAGGGCAACAGCUUUUGCAAUGGAACUUCAUACGUCUUCAUUUGAAGAAUGACCGCUAACAUAGUAAAUGUAUCAGGCAGCUAACAUUAAAGAGUUAACUUGUAACUGAAACUUGCCAUCAAA